UAAACCUAGCUUGUAUAUCAUACAUAAAUAUAAAAACAGAACAAUUGAAAGAUAUUAAUCGGCGGUGUUCCUCAUUUUAUGCUGUCUGUGAGUUCAGUGAUGUUGUAAAGCUGUAAUCUGCGGUUUGCUAUGUUUCGGACAAUAUGUGCAAUGGUAGUGAUCAUGGUCCUGUUCUCGAGGACAUGUGGACUCACCUGUACACAGAAAGACUUGUGUUCCUGUUCAAUGGAGGACGGGUCCGGAGAUAUUGACGUUUCCACGCUCGGCAGCCAGGAUGGAAACCCGAUGUUUAAAGAUAUGACUUCUUUGGACGGAUCAUUGUACUCUCUUAACUUGUGUUAUCCCUUUAACGAGUUGUCAUGUACAAAUGCUGCGGCUUGUCAAAUUUCCUUGGACAGGUCUACGAGUUUCCCGGUAGGGGACGCCACCAACGUUGGUUUCCAGACAGACGAUCUGGAUCAGGUUCACGUCAUUUACACAAAUAUAGAUAGUACUGGCGCCACCAGAACCACAGACGUGAGAAUGAUAUGUAGUCCCUCGUCCGAACCCCCUCUAGUAACCGCCAAUGGACAGACCGGCUCGGGAUCCCUAUUUUAUGAAUUCCUCUUAUACUCUAAAUGUGGAUGUCCGGGGCAAUGUAGCGGCACACCUCCGUUUCCUGGUAAGGGAGCGGCCUCAGGGGAUAUCAGUAUAGGGACCAUAGUUGUCAUCGGCGCUCUAUCGUUGGGAUUUUUGUACUUGAUUGGAGGAAUCUUAUUCAUGAAGAUGGUUCGCCGCGCCCAUGGUUCAGAGGUCGUACCUAACGUCUCGUUCUGGAGAGGUUUACCUGGCCUCAUCAAGGAUGGUUGCUUGUUUACAACAAGGAAAUAUCGAAAAGACCAAUACAACAAAAUCUAAGGUUCAAUGACUCUUUUACAUCUGACAGAGAAAAACUAACAACAAUUAAUGGUUAGAUAAGAUAUUGUUAUAAAUUC